AUGACAGCGAUUGACAAGCCGACUGCUGACAUGGACCUUUACUCGAGGCAUCUCCAGUCGUUCCUCCGCGAGUUCCCCCUGGUCUGCACUGGCGCCGAGUGGUCGCCUCUCGAGUGGCUCUGGAGCGUCGACUGGCUGCUUGGCCGUUGUUUCGAACAGCCCGCAUUCACUCGCUGGCAGUGCAGAAUGCAAAUGGAGUGGCCCUUGAAACCUGCUCGUGCUCGACAUGGUGAAGAAGCCGCCCAGGCAUCGACAUCUGGAAUGACGCCGCUUCUGAGACGCGCCAGAGCGGAUUCAACACGCCAGACUCGUCUGAUGCGCGCCUAUCUCUAUCUAUGCAUUUACAUCGUAGUUGUUCGUAUCCUGGGGCCGUCUCUCGUCUCUCAUAACCCGCCGUGA